GCGCAAGGCAUUACGGUCGCAUGCGAUAUGCCUGGACUGCUGCAGAGCGGCUGCUGGUUUCAUCCUUUUUUGCUCUUUCAUCUGCUUUCGUUCACGUUGGAUUCUUCAUCUUCUCCUCUAUCUCAGCCCUGCUCAGAGGACAGGUGCAUGAAGGAACGUCCAUGCAAGGAAACAAGGCUUCUAUGAUUCUGAGAUCUCUGUGCAAAAACUUUCUCUGCCUCUUAUGAAAUCAAGCAGGUACCUGAAGCUCAAGGAGAGAGAUAAAGAGAGAGAAGUAGCAAUCUUAUUAUCCAACCAGAAAUGCGGCACAAAAACAACGAAGAACAAAUGCAACAGAAAGAAAGAAUAAACACACCAGAGGAGAAAUAGCCUCUUGCUAACUUCAGAAAGAAUCAUCCAGACUGUUACACAUUUGAAACAGCACAGCACCGCAACAAAUCAGUAUUCUCUGUCCGAGCGUGCAAGCGAUGGCUAAGAGAGUUAACCCUUUACAUAGCUGAACUAUUUCAUGCAACAACCACAUCUUGAAGAUACAAUGCACAGCAGUGAGUAGUGAAUUUGUGAAUUUUUAUGGUUAAUUUCAGGAUCAUUUUUGAUAAAUGGACAGCAGUUUUACUUGAGAUCCCAAUGGCUUUCCUUGACAUGUUGUAACCUCUUUAUAGACCAUGAAAACAUUCACAUCUUUCCAUUUACCUGACAGGAUUUCCUCCUAGCAUAAUAAAUGGACAGACAAGCUGACUUACUUAAACUAACUAAUUCGGCCUCUGAGACCCUCAGCUCGGAUGUGGAAAUACCUUUACUUUCUUCUUAUGCAAAACUGCUCAGGGCCGCUAGGCAUUUUCCAUAUCGUUAUAUUUAAGUAUAUUUAAGGUCAAGCAACCAACAUAAAGAUGGCCGCCGGAGUGGCAACAUGGCUGCCCUUUGCCAGGGCGGCUGCAGUUGGCUGGCUUCCUCUAGCCACGAAAAUCAUGCCCAAACCACCAGUGGAAAAAAAGAGCCGCAACGACGAGAUUCUUUUCGUAAACGUGAGCGGCCUUCGUUUUCAGACGUGGAAAAACACGUUGGACCGCUAUCCCGACACACUGCUCGGAAGCUCGGAAAAGGAAUUUUUCUUCAACGAGGACACUCAGGAAUAUUUUUUCGACAGGGACCCAGAGAUGUUUCGCCACAUUUUGAACUUCUACCGUACGGGCAAGUUGCAUUACCCUCGACAAGAGUGCGUGCAGGCCUUCGAUGAGGAGCUUGCGUUUUACGGCAUUGUGCCGGACAUUAUCGGAGACUGCUGCCAGGAAGAGUACCGGGACCGAAAGAAGGAAAACCAGGAACGUCUGGCAGAGGACACGGAGGCCGAGAAUGCGACGGACGCCCCACUCCCGCCGGAUAGCACACGCCGAGAGCGCUUGUGGCGUGCCUUCGAGAACCCUCACACGAGCACCAUGGCUCUGGUUUUCUACUACGUCACAGGUUUCUUCAUCGCAGUGUCGGUCAUAGCGAACGUGGUGGAGACGAUUCCUACCUGGCCCAUCAAAGGCAGCAAGAAAGACUUGCCAUACGGCGAAAAGUACUCGCUGGCGUUCUUCUGCAUGGACACCGCGUGCGUGCUCAUCUUCACCUUCGAGUACCUGAUGAGGCUUUUCGCCGCGCCCAGCCGCUGCAAGUUCAUGCGCUCGGUCAUGAGCGUCAUCGACGUCGUCGCCAUCAUGCCCUAUUAUAUCGGCCUGGUUAUGCCUGAGAACGAGGACGUGAGUGGAGCGUUCGUGACGCUGAGGGUCUUCCGCGUCUUCCGAAUCUUCAAGUUCUCACGUCACUCUCAGGGUUUGAGGAUCUUGGGUUACACUUUGAAGAGCUGCGCGUCCGAGCUGGGCUUCCUCCUGUUUUCUCUCACCAUGGCCAUCAUCAUAUUUGCAACCGUCAUGUUCUAUGCUGAGAAAGGCACCAAGGGAACCAACUUCACUAGCAUCCCAGCCUCCUUCUGGUACACCAUUGUAACCAUGACAACGCUUGGGUAUGGAGACAUGGUUCCUAACACCAUAGCUGGAAAAAUCUUUGGCUCUAUAUGCUCUCUCAGUGGCGUGUUGGUCAUCGCGCUUCCGGUACCGGUCAUCGUGUCCAACUUCAGCCGGAUCUAUCAUCAAAACCAGAGAGCCGACAAGAUGCGAGCACAGCAGAAAGUGCGACUUGCCAGAAUUCGCUUGUCCAAGAAGGGAACCACUAAUGCCUUUCUACACUAUAAAGAAGAAGGAGGAUUUCAGAAUCGAGACGGCGAUGGCGGUAUGUUUCUGAAGAACAGGUCUACUUUUGAACACCAACAUCAUCACCUGCUACACUGUCUGGAGAAAACCACAAACCACGAGUUCACAGACGAGCUUACGUUCAGUGAGAUGUGUAUGACAGAAUCCAUCGGCUACCGCACCAGCCGUAGCACUUCCAUCUCCAGCCAGCAGGGGAUGUCGACGUCCUGCUGCCCCCGCAGGGCCAAGAGAAGAGCCAUCCGUCUGGCCAACUCCACCGUAUCUGUCAGCCGCGGCAGCGUGCAGGAGCUGGACACGCUGCAGGUGCACAAACCCUUCAGACACCAAAGUCGGUCCAGUCUCAACGCCCGGACAGAAGACCUAAAGCUAAACUGUGACGAUAGAGAUUUCACAGCGGCUAUAAUCAGCAUACCCACCCCUCCUGCCAACACCCCCGACGAGAGCCUGUCCCCGUCUCCUGCCUUCCACAGCAUCUUACGCAACUCGCGCUCUGGUUCCUUCACCCACGAGACCGUGAAGAUCUCUUCCUUAUAACCACCACAAGCACAAAACCUUCCCCUUUUGCACAAUGGAAACCAAGGGGACGAGGCUUCUCCCAGGAACGAUCGUAAUGCCACAGAAAAGACAAGACGCGAAUCUAAAAUGGAGAUCUGUAGGCGUGGACUCGGGUGACCUGACUUUAGUGACCCUGUUUCAGGCAGAGACGCCCGGACAACUCACGCAGACCGGACGGAAGCGUCAUUCUUUGGACGCUGAGUGGAUGAGAUGAGACAUUGAAAUCUACAGUCGUGGUGGCAUCGAAGGCCUUUAACCUUUUAAAAAAUAUGCAAUGUUAAACAAGCAGGAAUUAUGCCUAUAUGUCCACUGUAUAACACAGUUGCGUGGCGAGAUUACGAAAGGUCAUAAUGACAGUAUGUCAAAACUGUAGAUGCAACAUUGCGUUCCGCAUUUGAUGGCAACAGAUUGUGGAAAUGAUGAACGAGAUGGUGUAUAUGUAUCAAUAUUUGUAUCAUAUCUCUUUAGAGCACAUGCAUCUUCAAACCCCACAAAAAAAAGAAAUUCUGACAAAUCUUACCCAGAACAUGCAUGUUGAUGUAUAGUAGACUCCAUGGCAGAGAAUGAGGCCGCCGACAUGCUACUCACAUAGUUUUGCAUGUGACUUAUUUUACUCGUUUGGUUCGUCCUCAUUUCUUGACAUUGAAAAAAUGAUAUUUUAAGAGUAGCAAUGAACAAAUAUGAUGCCCCUGAUGUGCACAUUAACAGAAAAAAGAACAAGAAAUAAAUAAAAAACAAUCAUUCAGGCAUGUUUUUCGCAGACAUCUGAGGUGCGGCUUCGUGUGAGUGUAUGAGGAGUGAUUGAGAAAGACUUGUUUUAAUUGAUCACUCAUACGGUGUAAAAAUAUCCGCAGCGGUAUCCAUGCAUGUGUUUUCUCCAAUGGAAAAAAUGAGGGUUUUUAAUGCAUCAUGUCUUUCUGAAUCGAAGCGAUCGGAAGGAUGUUACCACUGUUAUUACUUAUUUUUCAUUUAGCUUGAUGAGUACAUGCGAACCCCAGUUGGCUAUUUUUACAGUAAAUGCAUCUAACAUGCUUAUAAAACAUGGUCACUCGUUUGUUUUGAUGCUCAUCUGUUAUGGUUUUAAUAAUCAUACGCGGCAGCGAGACAGGCAAUAAUACUGUAAUUAUUUUGUACUAAAAAAGAAACGAAACAUAAUAUUGUAAGAUAUGAUUGUAUAUGAAAAUGAAAAAAAAUGUAAGGAAUGCAAAUUUGCACUUGACUGUAAUGAGACAUAUAUUGUUAAUCCGUUUACAUGCAUUAAGUUAUUUUAAUGUUGGUUCUCUCGCUUCAUUAAACUGGUGUAAAGUGGUAAAUGUAGUCAUUGGUCAGACCUGCUCUUGUGUUCGGCAGGGAUUGUUGGAUGAAACGGCUCCCGGUUGGAGAUGAAAGAGUUAGUUAACAAAAGCACAGAUGUGUAAAGUCUAUUUCACUAAUAAAGUGAACUCAGAAGCUGAA